AUGGCGAUUGAAGACUAUACAAAGAAAAACAGCAGAGGAAAGAGGUGCCUCAUUGGUGGGCCAGGCCGUGGUCGCCAGCCCUUCACCUAUGACAGAGAGCCAUCUGAUGAGGAUGUGGAAGCAGCUAUUGCUGUUUUGAGACACUCUGCUGAUGAAAAGACUGUCCGUGAGAAGAUGAAAAUGACCUUCAUAUAUCGGCAAGCAAUGGUCAACGAUGAAGCCAAAUCAUCAGAUGUCUUCUUGGUCUUCCCAAGAUUUCUGGACACACCAGGAUUGAUAGAACAAGAUUUCAGACUUCUGUUUGGUGAGGCCACGGCCAACAAAUUCUUGGAGAAGUGGCCAACCACUUUCAAAGCAAAAGUAAUAAAGGAAAGCCAUGGACUUGUACCCACCACAGAACUCUUGGAUUUGAUGCGCAAUGCUGAGUCAGCUGCUGAAGUUGAGAAUGGCUGGGACAGUGACAUGUCUGCCAUCUUGCUGCUGCUCUAUUUGCUACCACCAUCUGCACAUGGUAGAAAGAGGCCGGGAAAGCUGUCUGCAUAUCAAGCUGUAGAUCAGCUCAUCAGAUUUCAAAAGGUUGGAACCAGUGUGCAGCAGCAUCUAGACAACAUCACCCAAAGCAGUCAGCCCUACCUUCUCGCCCAGGGAUCCACACAGAGCACCAUUCACUCCUACUUCAUUGUGGUUGACAAGCAUGCACUUCCAUGCAAGGCAAAAGGUUCAGUUGGAGCUUUUGACGAACUCUUUAAAGCCCAUUACGUCUUUGGUACGUCAUACAGUUCUUCCCUGAGCAGCUUUUUCACUUUUGUGCAAACAACCAUCUAUAACAUCGACAUGGGGGAAACAAAGGAGACUCCUAGAGUUGCAGAGUUGCGAGCAAGAAUGGUGCAUUAGUUGAGAUAAAACUAUGAAGUGUUUUCUUUGCAAAGGUGACCAUGGAAGU